GCCUGUGUGUUUACAUGUCAGCCUAUCAGUGCUGCCGGAUUUAGCGCAUCUGGAGAGGACGAAGGCAUUUCUCAAAUGCCCCUCAGACAAGGGAUUCUCGUCGCUGCAUAUAUCCCUCUUUCCCAUUUGAAUCUAGCCUGUCUUGAAUCCUGCAUCCCUGUCUCCAUGCUUUCGGAGGCAUUUUGAAUUUCCUUGGCAACAUGGAGCUGCCUGAAUUAGAAUUCUCUGCAUGACAGUCCUGGUAAGCAGUAGGAUGGUGUCUGGGGAGGCAGGAGGGCACAGCUACUUGGUGGCAUGCUGGCAGCCCAUCCUGAUCCUCAUGCUGGGCACCGUCCUCUCUGGCUCCACCACCGGUUGCCCCUCCCGAUGCGACUGCAACGGUCAGGAGCGUUCAGUUGUGUGCCAUCGACGGAGACUUGCAGCUCUUCCCGAGGGCAUACCUACUGAAACAAGGCUGCUAGACCUAAGCAAGAACCGUCUGAAAACUCUUGGGCCUGAGGAGUUCAUUAAUUACCCUCAGCUGGAGGAGCUGCAACUUAACGAAAACACAAUUUCAUCCAUCGAGCCUGGGGCUUUUGGCAACCUUAUGAAUCUUCGAACUCUAGGUUUGCGCAACAACCAGCUGAAGCUCAUUCAGCUGGGGGUGUUCACAGGCCUGACCAACCUCACCCAGCUGGAUAUUAGUGAGAACAAAAUUGUCAUUCUGCUUGACUACAUGUUCCAGGAGCUGUACAACCUGAGGGCUCUGGAGGUUGGCGACAAUGACCUAGUAUUCAUCUCACCCCGAUCAUUUCAUGGCCUCAGCAACCUUGAAAGCCUCAACAUUGAGGGAUGCAAUCUGGCCUCAGUGCCCACUGAUGCCCUUAGCCAUCUGCAUAACCUGUUGUCACUUCGAUUACGCUAUCUCAAUGUCACUGUCAUAAGGGAUUACUCCUUUAAGAGGCUGUAUCGGCUCAGAGUGCUGGAGAUUUCUCAAAUGCCUGCCCUGGAUACCAUGACGCCAAAAUGCUUAUUUGGACUCAACCUCACAUCAUUGUCCGUCACAAACUGUAAUCUUACUGUCAUCCCCUACCAAGCCAUCAGUCACCUAAGAUAUCUGCGGUUUUUGAAUCUGUCUUUUAAUCCUAUUCAUACAGUGGAAGGGAACCAACUGUUCAAUCUACAGAAGCUCCAGGCUUUUCAUUUGGCUGGUGGGAGAUUAACUGCCAUUGAGCCCUACUCUUUCCGAGGACUCAACCACCUCCGUGUCCUCAAUGUAUCCAGCAAUAGCUUGAACACCCUGGAGGAGUCUGUCUUUCACUCAGUGGGGAACCUGGAGACUCUGGCUUUAUAUGACAACCCAUUGGCCUGCGACUGCCGCUUGCUGUGGGUCUUCCGUCGGAGGUGGAGGCUCAACUUUAACAGACAACAGCCCAUGUGUGCUUCGCCUGAGGUAGUUCAAGGAAAAGAGUUCAAGGACUUCCCAGACAUCCUUCCUUCUGACUAUUUCAUCUGCCAGAAAUCAAAGAUCACGGAUUAUAAGGUUCAAGAAAGCCAUGUAGAUGAAGGAACUACGGUUCAUUUCGCUUGCCAUGCUGAGGGUGAUCCGGCCCCUGUGAUAAUGUGGCUAUCCCCCAAGAAGGAAUACAUCACGACCAAAACUGCUGGGUCAAGACUUUCUGUGUCUCAUGACGGCACACUGGAGGUGCGUUACGCCCAAAUCCAAGACAACGGCACUUACUUGUGCAUUGCAAGCAAUGCAGCGGGCAAUGACACCAAAGCUGCUCACCUUUUUGUGCAUAGCUACUCCCCCAAUUGGCCCCACCAACCAAACAAGACAUUUGCCUUCAUUUCCAACCAGCCCAACGAUGAAGGUGCUAAUGUGACUCGGGCCACAGUUCCAUUUCCAUUUGAUGUUAAGACACUUAUCAUUGCAACCACCAUGGGAUUUAUCUCUUUCCUCGGAGUUGUCCUCUUCUGUCUUGUAAUAUUAUUCCUCUGGAGUCGAGGGAAAGACAAUACUAAGUCGAGUAUAGAGGUUGAAUAUGUGCCACGUAAAGAGGAACAAGAGGAGGCCAGUCCGACCGAGGCACCCAUACAAUUCAACAUGAAAAUCAUGUGAACCUCGAAUGGAGGCCAUGUAAGCUUACAAACUGCAGUCAGGAUGCAUACUAUCUUUGCUUCAAAUAUGUACUCAGUUUAUGAGCGAUAGAAAUUGCACAGCAGCAAACGCAUCUUGACACUAUACCCUCGACUUUUUUGUUUGUUUUUUUACUUCAGGGACUGAAUCUUUAAAAGCAAAUGUUGAAUUUAAAAUAUUCAAAUUUCUGUAAAUUUGUAUUGGCAAUACUCAAAUCAGUAUGUUAACAUGCACUCAACCACCCGAUUACUGUGUGUAACAAAAUUGAGGUAACAGUUUGAAUGAAGCACAUGGAUGGAUUUCCAUAAAUAAAAGUUUACAUGAUAGAUGGGUAACAUUUAAGAAGGAUGUGGAGAUUAGUCUACAGGUAUAAUCUUUCUAUCAGCACAGAAUAAAAGAAAGAUCUUGUUAGGAUCUUGUUGCUUGUCGUUUGCUUUGAUGGAUGUACAAAGCACAAAAACCCAUUAUUAGGACCCAAGUUCUGUUGCUUGAAAUGCUAACUUGAAAGCAUUUUCUUUGUUUCAUAUUGCCCCAUCACAAGCAAUUGACAAGAAAGACAUGAGUGUUUGUGGUAUUUUUAGAUAAAUAGAAGAAAAAAGACAGAAAAUAUAGUUGUAUUUUGAGAGGAUAAAGAUGUACUUUCAAGAAAGAAGUCAUGGAAUUACGAAGAUAAACUUUUAAACGUGAUGAUUUGAAAAAGGAAAAUAACAGUAUUACAAGGCUGCAGCAGUAGUUUUCAGAACAAGGUUAUAAUGUUAAGAGAGAGAGUUGUAACAUUAUCAGAAAAUGUCAUGUUUUAAAAAACAUUUUGGGAGCCCAAUUCUCUGAAAUUGAAAUUUCAGUAUUAAGAGUCAGUUGGCGGAUUAGACACAGAUGAGUCAGUGUACCUCACCACCCUUUGCGUGUCAGUGAGCAGAGGACUCGAACAUCAUUAAAUUGUGUUUGAUGUUUUCUCCACACACUUCGGCACUGCUGCCUGGAAAAAAACAUGUACAAAAAAAUAAAUCAGUAGCCUGUAUCGCUGUUACAUGUCACAAACAAGCAAUUUUGUCGAUUGGAUGUUUUUACCGUCUGUCAGAUAAAACAACUGCAGUAUCCCCUUUGUCAAAUUAGAAGUGUGCAUGUUAACACACUGAAUAAAAGAAAAAUAAGCCAGUCCUACAGUAUGUGCUCCUUUCUGCCAACAAAGGAGGUUUGUCAUUAAAUGUAUUAACAUGUUCAGCUAUACAUAUUUUUUCUGUAUUUUAUUCUUUCCUUGUACAUUAUGCUAUAUGGCACAAUAGUAAUGCUUUUAAUGGCUGCGAGUUUUGAACAUAUUACAAUCUAAAGAGCAGAUUAAAAUAUCCAAGUUUUUGAUUGGGCUAAACCAAGAGUGUUACAGCUUGUCAGAGUGAAUAAGAGCACCCUUGAAAAAUCAUCAGAUAAACAAUUUAUCAUCAAGUGUAACAAAGUUAAUUUGUUUACCCAUUUGGCAGCUCAAUAAGUGCGAGCACUCUGUCCAAGUCCCGACAUAUAUUGACACCGGUGCAUCUUGAAAACGCUGACAUUAUUAAUUUGUUGCCUUAGGUAACCCAUUUUCGAGCUUUCAGCUGAGCAAUACCCAAUAUUUAUGCGUAAAAUGGAGUUUUAUGCCUCAUAAGGAUUUUAUGUUGUCUAAUUAAUUUCACAGUCAAGGUCUGCU